AUGGCAAAUCAACGUCAAGAUGCAAAGACCACUAACGACUACACGGUCGCGAUCGUGUGCGCAAUCGAGUUUGAAAUGAGCGCCGUCCGCUACAUGCUCGACGAGGAACAUGCACGCUUACCAAGCAGCCAUGGUGACUCCAACAAUUACAUCUUGGGCAAACUCUGCGGCCACCACGUCGUGCUCGCUUGUCUUCCGGGGAAUCAGGGCAAAAGUGCAGCAGCCAUUGUCGCAACGAACCUCGAUCGCACUUUUCCGUCCAUCAAGUGGCGUUUUCUCGCGGGCAUUGGUGGAGGUGUGCCCAGCGAUAGAAACGACAUUCGUCUGGGUGACGUGGUUGUGAGCAUGCCCGAGGGCGAGUACGGUGGAGUAGUGCAGUAUGACUUGGGCAAGGAUAUCGACACUGGCUUCAAGUUGAAGGGGUUCUUAUCGGCCCCGCCGUCGCGGCUGCGGUCUGCAGUGAACAACAUGCGAUCAGAUCAUCGACUCGAUGACAACAAAAUUGAAGAGUUUGUGACUGCCAUGCUGCAAAGAGGCCGGCGUCUGAACGUCUAUCGUCGACCAGCUGGCGAUACGGACGUCUUGUUUGAUGCAGACUAUGCACACCCAAGCGAUCAGCCUUCUUGCAGCUCCUGCGAUAGAACCAAAGUCGUCGCAAGACCGCCUCGCGAAUGGGACGGCCCUGAAAUCCACUAUGGACUCAUCGCCUCUGGUGACCGUGUCAUGCGAAGUGCAGUCAAGAGAAACUUGCACGUGCGCAACAUUGGUGAUAUCCUCUGCUUUGAGAUGGAAGCGGCCGGAUUGUCGACCGAGUUUCCCUACAUCGUUAUCAGGGGCAUCUCAGACUACGCAGACUCUCACAAGAAUGAUGCAUGGCAGCACUAUGCUGCUGCAGCCGCUGCUGCAUGCACCAAAGAGUUUCUGACUUAUCUGGACCCGGAGGCGCCUUUUAAGGAGGCGCAGACUGCGAGUGGCUCCCCGAAUGAUUGGAACAGUCACAAUGGCCAGAAUGGUCAAUCUAUCCACUCAACAUUUACUGGCACUGGAGUACAGCAUACAGGCACGGGCAAUUUCUCCGUAGGAGGAAAUAUGCGCAUUAAUGGGGGGCAGGGGCGUUAG